AUGGAGUAUUUAAAACUAUUAAAAAGAGAUACAAGUCAAAGACCAAGUGGAAAUCAAUAUAAGAAAUUGAAGGUUAAAGGCCUAGCUUGGAAAGAUUUUUGCGAAAAAUUAGGAUUUUCAAGACCUAUAAUGCUGAUCAAAAAAGAACUGCUAAUGUACGGCGAUGUUUUCUUUGACACUCCGUUGGAUAUUAAGAAAAAAUUUGAUGAUCUUUUAGACUCGACUCUUGGAAUCGAAUUUAGUACAGAGCACAGGAACCUUAAUUCUAUCAGGUUAGGCUGGAAAAUAUCUAGAGCUAUUGUUUUCUACGUUAUCCGUAAAGAUACAUUGUGUUGCCGAGAGUAUAAGUCAGGUGUUCCUCCUGGUUGUAGUAUUGAAUUACUUCUUGCAAUACUCGAUUCAAUUAUUCCUUCAGAGCUCGUAUUUAAAGUUGGGCGCACGACUGGUUUAACCAAAGGAAGCAUUGCUGGUGAUGUUCUUAUGGAUAAGAUUGAAUUAAAUCUGUAUCGCGAAAAAUGUGAUCGUAUAUCCGGUUAG